UGAAAGUGAAUAGGGCUUCAAAAGAAAGUUUUUAGGCUGUGGCAUGAGGAGCGAAGAGGCACUUGCAAUCGGAGAAGAGUAGAGAGGAAGUGCAUCCAUCGGUUUCAAUUUCUGAUCCAUUCUCUUUCCUAGGUUUCCGUUCCGCUUCUUCUCGCCGUCAGUAUUUCAACUCUGCACAAUUCAAAACAAUCAGAUUUGACGCUUGUCACAAACUUGUGGUAACAUGGCCAAUUUAGCUUUGACUGGCAUACUAGAAAAGAUGACUGGGAAGGACAAAGAUUACAGAUAUAUGGCCACAUCUGAUUUGCUGAAUGAGUUGAGCAAAACAACGUUUAAGGCCGAUGCUGAUUUGGAGGUCAAAUUGGCAAACAUCAUCAUACAACAGCUUGAUGAUGCAGCUGGUGAUGUUUCUGGACUUGCUGUCAAGUGUCUUGCUCCGUUAGUGAGGAAGGUGAGUGAGGUAAGGGUUGUGGAAAUGACCAGUAAACUAUGUGACAAAUUGCUAAAUGGGAAGGAUCAGCAUCGUGACAUUGCUAGCAUAGCUUUGAAGACAGUUGUUGCUGAAGUUUCUACUCAGUCUCUUGCACUAUCUAUUCUCCAGACUCUCACACCGCAAUUGAUAAAAGGAAUUACUGGUCCUGGAAUGGGCUCUGAGAUUAAAUGUGAAUCGCUGGAUAUUUUAUGUGAUGUCCUUCAUAAAUUUGGGAAUCUAAUGGCAGCUGAUCAUGAACUAUUAUUAAGUUCCUUGCUUUCUCAGUUGAGUUCUAAUCAAGCUAGUGUGCGCAAGAAGACUGUGGCAUGCAUUGCAUCUCUCUCUUCAAGCCUGUCAGAUGAUUUGUUGGCAAAGGCAACUGUUGAAGUUGUUACCAACUUGAAAAAGAAAGUUGCCAAGUCCGAAAUGAUCCGUACCAAUAUACAGAUGAUCGGUGCUUUGAGUCGAGCUGUUGGCUACCGAUUUGGGCCCCAUCUUGGAGACACUGUUCCAGUGCUAAUUAAUUAUUGUACUAAUGCCUCAGAAAAUGAUGAAGAGCUUCGUGAGUACAGCUUGCAGGCACUGGAAAGCUUUCUCCUAAGGUGCCCAAGGGAUAUUUCUGUUUACUGUGAUGAAAUUCUUCAUUUGACUCUAGAAUAUCUUAGUUAUGAUCCAAAUUUUACUGACAACAUGGAGGAGGAUACUGAUGACGAAGGUCUUGAAGAGGAGGAGGAUGAUGACAGUGCAAAUGAAUAUACAGAUGAUGAAGAUGUCAGCUGGAAAGUUCGGAGAGCAGCAGCUAAAUGCUUAGCAGCAUUGAUUGUUUCUCGUCCUGAGAUCUUGUCAAAGCUGUAUGAUGAGGCUUGUCCAAAACUAAUAGACAGAUUCAAAGAAAGGGAAGAAAAUGUCAAGAUGGAUGUAUUUAAUACUUUCAUUGAGCUCUUGCGUCAAACUGGAAAUGUCACAAAAGGGCAGAUUGAUGCAGAUGAAAUGAGUCCUCGAUGGUUGUUGAAGCAAGAAGUGUCAAAGAUUGUCAAAUCUAUAAAUAGGCAGUUGCGUGAGAAAUCUAUUAAGACAAAGGUUGGAGCCUUUUCUGUUUUGAAAGAACUUGUGGUUGUAUUACCCAACUGUCUUGCAGAUCACAUUGGGUCACUCAUUCCAGGAAUUGAAAAAGCAUUGAAUGACAAAUCAUCUACCUCAAAUUUGAAAAUUGAAGCCCUAACAUUUACAAGAUUGGUAUUAUCUUCACAUUCUCCUGAUGUUUUUCACCCUUACAUCAAGGCUCUUUCUGCCCCUGUUCUAUCAGCUGUUGGUGAGCGUUAUUACAAGGUCACUGCAGAGGCCUUGAGAGUAUGUGGAGAACUUGUUCGUGUUGUGCGGCCAAACAUUGAGGGGUCUGGUUUUGAUUUCAGACCAUAUGUUCAUCCCAUAUAUAAUGGCAUUAUGUCACGCUUAAUAAACCAAGAUCAGGAUCAGGAGGUUAAGGAGUGUGCUAUCUCCUGCAUGGGCCUCAUUGUGUCAACGUUUGGCGACCAUCUAAAUGCAGAAUUACCUGCAUGCCUUCCUGUGCUUGUUGAUCGGAUGGGAAAUGAGAUAACCCGACUUACUGCUGUCAAGGCAUUCGCUGUCAUUGCUGCUUCUCCACUUCGGGUGGAUCUAUCAUGUGUUCUAGAGCAUGUGGUAGCAGAGUUGACUGCAUUUCUUAGAAAAGCUAAUCGUGCUCUAAGGCAGGCUACCUUGGGAACCUUAAAUUCACUUAUAGUUGCUUAUGGCGAUAAGAUUAUGUUGUCUGCUUAUGAAGUUAUUAUCAUAGAACUGUCAGGACUAAUUAGUGAUUCUGACUUGCAUAUGACAGCUCUUGCCCUGGAACUCUGCUGCACAUUAAUGGGUGACAAGAGGUCAAAUCAAAGUAUUGGCUUGGCUGUUAGAAACAAAGUUCUUCCUCAAGCUUUAACAUUAAUUAAAAGCUCACUGUUGCAGGGGCAAGCACUUAUGGCUUUGCAAAACUUUUUUGCUGCUUUAGUCUAUUCUGCAAAUACUAGUUUUGAUUCUCUGCUGGAGUCACUACUAGCCUGUGCUAAGCCUUCUCCACAGUCUGGUGGCAUUGCUAAACAAGCUUUGCAUUCAAUAGCUCAGUGUGUUGCUGUUCUAUGCCUUGCUGCUGGUGAUCAGAAGUGUUCAUCUACUGUGAAAAUGCUUACUGACAUUCUCAAGGAUGACAGCAGUUCUAACUCAGCUAAGCAGCACCUUGCCCUUUUAUGCUUGGGGGAGAUUGGUAGAAGGAAGGAUCUAAGUUCACAUGCACACAUAGAAAAUAUUGUUAUUGAAUCUUUUCAGUCCCCUUUUGAAGAGAUAAAGUCUGCUGCCUCAUACGCUCUUGGUAACAUUGCUAUUGGUAAUCUUCCAAAAUACUUGCCAUUUAUCUUGGAUCAGAUUGAUAAUCAGCAGAAGAAACAAUAUCUCUUGCUUCAUUCUUUGAAAGAGGUAAUUGUCAGACAAUCUGUGGAUAAAGCAGAGUUUCAAGAGUCCAGUGUGGAGAAAAUACUUAAUUUACUCUUCAACCACUGUGAAAGUGAGGAAGAGGGAGUGCGCAAUGUAGUGGCGGAGUGUUUGGGCAAAAUUGCUCUUAUUGAGCCUGUAAAACUCAUCCCUGCACUCAAGGUAAGAACAACCAGCCCAGCUGCAUUUACUCGAGCUACUGUUGUCAUUGCUGUGAAGUACUCUAUAGUUGAGCGUCAAGAGAAGAUAGAUGAGAUUAUAUACCCUGAAAUAUCUUCAUUUCUGAUGCUUAUCAAGGAUAAUGAUAGGCAUGUUAGGCGAGCUGCUGUUUUGGCUCUCAGCACAUUUGCACACAAUAAGCCAAAUCUCAUCAAGGGGCUUCUUCCUGAUCUGCUGCCUCUUCUAUAUGAUCAAACUAUUGUUAAGCAAGAGCUCAUAAGGACAGUUGAUCUUGGUCCUUUCAAGCAUAUUGUGGAUGAUGGACUUGAAUUGAGGAAGGCGGCUUUUGAAUGUGUAGACACAUUACUGGAUAGUUGCCUUGAUCAAGUGAACCCGUCAUCAUUCAUUGUUCCUUAUCUUAAAUCUGGUUUGGAUGAUCAUUAUGAUGUUAAAAUGCCAUGCCACCUGAUACUCUCGAAACUAGCUGACAAGUGUCCUUCUGCAGUCUUGGCAGUGUUAGAUUCAUUGGUUGAUCCUCUCCAGAAGACUAUUAAUUUUAAGCCAAAGCAAGAUGCUGUUAAGCAAGAAGUAGAUCGUAAUGAAGACAUGAUUCGAAGCGCACUCCGAGCUAUUGCAUCCUUGAAUCGCAUAAGUGGAGGAGAUUGCAGUGUCAAGUUCAAGAAUCUUAUGAACGAAAUAUCAAAAUCACAAACUCUCUGGGAUAAAUAUUAUUCAAUCCGCAAUGAAUGAUUCACAUACAGUCUUAAUUUUUCUCUCUAUCAUAGUUCUGGAAUGAGUGUUCAAAUAUUACUUGCCGAGACAUCUCCGCUAGUUGAUGCAAGGGGUCUGGAAAACUAGUUAAUUUCAUUAUAACAUAGGAGAUUUAGAUUCAAGCAAUCGGAAUACUAGUGGUGAUUUCUUGUAUAGGAUGAAAGAUUUUGCCUUUUUCUGUAGCUACAUUAUCUCAUUGGUGGCCCCCUAUCGUCCAGGGAAAAAAUUGGAACCAAAAAAGAAAAGAAAUUAAGAUACUAAGGAAUCAUUUGAGUAUUUUUGUCAUAAUUUUUUCUUGCCGGUUAA